UCUUUCUGUGAUUACUCGUCAAGUUGUUCAUAAUUAGCCUCGAAAGUGCAAAGAUUGUACCUAAUUUCCCCAAAACCGCCAGAACCCCGAAAUUGAAACUUAAUUUGUACCCCAAAAAAGUGAAACUUCACGACUUCUCCAUUAAAGCCAAGCCCAUCUCCAUUUUUGUUUUCAAGUUGAACCCAUUUGUCAUUUACUAACGGUGAAGUAAAAGCUCUUCCAAUUGCACCAGUUUAGGGCUCACACAAAACAGAAACGCCAUUUGCGUGUUGGAGAAGAAAAAGUUUCUUGGGUAAGUUUUUAUACAAAGAAUUACUUGAUGUGUUUUUUACAUUCUUAGUUUGUUCAGGGUUUUACUUGUGUUUUUGGUUCGCAUGUUAAACCCAUUGACAGGAGUCGAGAGAAUUUCUUAUAAAUCAGAGACAGAGAGCCCGUAGAAGCUAAUAGGGUUUGCUUCGCUGUUAAGGCUUGUGGUCACCCAAACAGCAAGAUACAUUUUAUCCGUGGGAGCGUAAUUCUCAAUUGUGAGAUUUAUGCAUGAUUAGGAAGAUGUCAACUGCACAGCCUUUAAAGAAAUUAGUGUCCUGUGUUAUCCUUGAUUUGGAUGGUACACUACUUAACACAGAUGGAAUUGUAAGUGAUGUUUUAAGAGUUUAUUUGGGCAAGUAUGGAAAGCAGUGGGAUGGACGGGAAAUUAAAAAAAUAGUUGGAAAGACACCACUUGAAGCUGCAAGUGCUGUUGUUGAAGAUUAUGAGCUAUCUUGUACAACGAGUGAAUUGCUUUCAGAGAUUACCCCCAUGUUCUCCAAUCAGUGGUGCAACAUCAAAGCACUUCCAGGUGCGAAUCGGUUAAUUAAACAUUUGAGUGGUCAUAGAGUGCCAAUGGCAUUGGCUUCAAACUCUCCAAGGGAAAACAUAGAAACCAAAAUUUCUUACCAUCAGGGCUGGAAGGAAUCCUUUUCUGUCAUCAUUGCUGGUGAUGAAGUAAGAUUGGGGAAGCCUUCUCCGGAAAUAUUCCUUGAAGUUGCUAAAAGGCUUAAUGUCGACCCUUCCAGCUGCCUUGUGAUUGAAGAUUCUCUACCAGGUGUUACAGCUGGAAAGGCUGCUGGUAUGGAGGUGGUUGCUGUACCCUCCAUCCCAAAGCAGGCCCACCUUUAUACUUCAGCGGAUGAGGUGAUCAACUCUCUACUUGAUUUGCGACCUGAAAAGUGGGGCCUACCUCCUUUCCAAGAUUGGAUAAAAGAUACUUUACCACUAGAACCUUGGCGCAUUGGUGGUCCUGUCGUUAAGGGAUUCGGUCGGGGCUCAAAAGUACUUGGGAUCCCUACAGCUAAUUUAUCCACAGAAGGAUAUGGAUCUCUUCUUUCAGAACAUCCCUCAGGAGUAUAUUUUGGUUGGGCUGGAUUAUCUAAACGAGGUGUCUUUAAAAUGGUUAUGAGUAUUGGUUGGAAUCCUUAUUUCAACAACACUGAAAAGACUAUAGAGCCAUGGUUGCUUCAUAACUUUGAUGAGGAUUUCUAUGGGGAGGAACUGCGUCUUAUUAUAGUUGGCUACAUACGGCCGGAGGCCAAUUUCUCAUCCCUCCAGAGCUUGAUAGAGAAGAUUCAUCACGACAGAAAAGUUGCAGAGGAAGCUCUUGAUCUUCCAUUGUUCUCCAAAUACAAGGACGACCCAUAUCUUAAAAGUUCUACAUAAGGGUGUCCCAGGAAUUUCUUGAAGGUCCCCAACCCGGGAGGUGCCUACACCAUAAGUAAACCACUCAACAACCUCAAUCUCAGACAGAAUAACCAAUGCAAGAAUAUCUGCAACAAAGUUGGGUUUGUUUUCCUCAAAACAUGAUGAAACCCGACUUCUUCAAAGAGAUUAGCAAAAAUGAAUGUCUCAAAGGAUCGACCGGAUGUGAAGUAUCAUUCAGCAGACAACCAAUAUCAAUAACGAGAGUACCCCCCAACCAAGAUUUUGGUCAAUAAACUAUUUCCUUCCACAUUCAUAAUACAGCAGAAUAUAGAGUUUUCAUUAAAAAAUAACUAAGGAGUUCCAUGCAUAUUAGAUAGAUAGAUUCGUCAUGACUUUUAUGCAGAAAAAACAGAUUUUCAGCAACGUACUUGUAUCAGAAUACCGAGACUAAUACAGAAUUCUAGACUUAAAUACAAUAUUGUAGGCAUUCGAUACAAUAUCCUAGGCUUAGAGUCAUUACCUUAUGCAAGUUUCAUGUAUUAUAUUUGUAACAGCAAACAUUGAAGAUAGC